AUGCCGGGUCCAAGAGGAGAUAGAGGGCGCGAUGGGCCUUCUGGGAAAAGCGGACCCCGAGGAAUUAAGGGAACAAAAGGUGAACCUGGACCUCAGGGAAAGAAAGGAGAGCAAGGCAUUGUGGGAAAUCAGGGAAGAAAAGGAGACAAGGGAGAGAAAGGAGAAAGCACCAAAGCAAGUCAAGCAAGUGUAAUACCACAAACCAACUGGAAACAAUGUGUGUGGAAAUCAGCCAGCGAUACUGAUAACGGAAAGAUCAAGGUAAAUAUGAGAAUCAUUGUUACAUUCAGGCUAGACUUUCACUCAACUAAACAGGGACUACCAUGACCUACCAUUGGUUUAUUCUUUGUCACGUGACCAUAACAAUCGCAAAUGUAUCUCGUGAUAUAAUUUAGCGGUUUUAGCACCCUGCUUGGGAUACAACAGCACGCGAUUAAAGCAUGGUGGAAAAUGGCAUUACAGAAGGCGGGAAAAAACACCGCCAGUUUUCAAUUUUGUUAACUGAAUAAAACAACACAAACAUGGGACCUCAAACUAAAAAAACAGCGAUUUAGAGAUACAUUGGCUACUGAAAGAAGGUAAUUUGUUAAUCAAUCAGUUCAGCGGUUUUGAUAAUUUAAGUGCAUAUCACCCCAAAUUUGUUAAAAAAUAGAAUAAAAAUAGACAAUUUGUGAUAAACGAUGCCGCAGAUUGUUUUCAACUUUAGAUAAAUCUGAUUUUUCUACAGCCGUUUUUAAAUAUUUUUGCUCAACAUUUUAGGCUGUAUAGGCUGCGGGCAGUCUCUCAUUUUCCUUUACAAAGCUUAAUAUACUCCACGUGUAAACCAUGCGAGCGAGCGGAGAGCUCGAGGCCGCAAGCCGCGUAAACGAGGGCGUAAGAGCCAAAAGAAAAAAUAAUCCUGGUCCGGCUCCGCCUCGGGAAACAAAAUUAACUGUUUCCUUCGGGAUCAGUCAUUAAGUGUUUAUUGUGUUCGCGGGCAUAUGUUUUGGGCCUGACUCAGACUCAUUUUAGCCCGAGCCGCUAGGCGAAGGUUAAAAUAGUGUCCCUUUCCAGUGAAUAGAGGAGUCCCUCCAAUAGAGGCAUUAGAUACAUAAAUUAUGUGAACAUUUUUCCGGGACAAAAUUUUGUGUCCCCUGAAUGGAGGUGUCCCAAAGGAGAGUUUCCACUGACCACUGUAGACGGCGUUUAAGAGAAACAGUAAGGAGUUACUGAAACAGUCUUUUUUUGAGCUGUGACAUAUUGUGGGCCUGGUGGGAGUGAUAGAGGCAUUCAUUUCUCUUGGAGGCAUUGUCCUUCUUGAAGAAUCUUUUUCACUUCCCGUGAGGCAUUUGUGCAUUGUUUAUUUUGAUUUCAAAGGACGAGCUGCGAUCUCUCGGGAGAAGAACGUUAUGUCGUCUCAUGAUGAGAACUGAACGUAGUCGUUAAAGUUUUGGUAGUCAGUGCUCAUUUUUGUCCCAAAAAUAAGCGGCGUUGGAAUACUUAAGGAUUUUUUUUGCUAAUAAGACCUUUAGCAACAGGUUUUUCAUGGAAAACCGCAAACCGCAAACCUGAUUACUUGAACACGGUUUUUGCGACCCCUUUUGCAGUUUGCAGUUCACGUUUGAAUGGCAGGAAGAGCUUCCAGCGGUAAGUGACUUACGGCAAGGUUUUUGUUGCGUCUAAAAAUUAUACAGACUCACUUUUAAAGGCACGAAGUAGCUUUCUUUACUAGAUUCGUCUGCGAGGUGUUAGUUGGAGUUUUGAAUUCGAAUAAAGAAUUAUUCCUGUUUUUGUGCGAUUAAUGUAAUGCACUUCGACUUGACGAAAACAGCAUGGCAACACUCAACAAUGAACGCCUUGCUGAUAUUUCAAAUCUCGGCAAUUUGAAACUGCAACGCGUAACUGUGAACUGCGGUUUGCGGUUGCCCAUGAAGAACAUGAGUUUAACCUUGGAAGAAAUGUACUAGACGACUUAUCGGUCAUUACACAGCUGCUCGUCGCCGUAAUCGGCAGUAUGUUCGAUUUUAUUCCAGGAUUGUGCAUUCAACAAACUGCAGUCUUAUUCAGCGCUCAAAGUCUCAUUCCAGGGAAACACAAGAAUCCACAGUCAUGGUAAAUGUAGUAGGUGGUAUUUCAAGUUCAACGGCAAAGAGUGCAGUGGACCAAUGACCAUUGAGGCUGCCUUGUAUAGCGGCUGGCCAUCUGGGAGUAUUGGUGAUCAGCUGUACCAUCGGUCAUUUGAGGGGUACUGUGAGAACAUCCCACAAGGCGCAGUUAGAGUAGAAUUGUGGGUAGGGCGGUGCAGUAGUGGUCACGCCCAGGGUGAUUCUUACACUGGGUGGGGUUCAGUGUCCCGUAUAACGAUUGAAGAAGUAUCUAGGCCCCAGUCCUAA